AUGUCAUUACUCGCUAGUUGUCUGUUAGCAUGUUGUGUGCUAUGGGGGGUGGCAGGCGACGUCAAGCCGGAGCUGUCGAUGCUGUUGGUGUCGCGCUGCUGCCCAGAGGGACAUGUGCUCACUGCCGAGGCGCUGCGUUCUCCCAUACUUUCAUCAACAGUAGCCGCAGCACCAUGCGAACAGGUCGACAGGAAUGUGACCUGGUCUCCACGAGUGUAUGCGUUAAAACGAAAUCGCACAAACCCAAAUGACACGGGAUUCGUCACGCUUGGCUAUGUACCGCGUCAUUGGCGCUACGAAUGGGGAAAACUUCCAGACUGUAAACCCUUACGAGUGUUACCGGAGUACGCGGCGCCCUAUGCCCUGCUCGCUCGCAACGGCGCAAUGAUGAUACGUGGAGUCUCGAAGCCAUUGGACCUGAAAAGGUAUUGCUGCGACAGGACCGCAGCACUCGUGUGUGCAGAUGAUACGUCGUGGAAGUCGACUAAAUGUUGUGCGGAAGGGCGAGCCUUCAACGGUACGCAUUGCGUGGAGCAGGCGGAACGAGCGCAGGAGGCGCUGGAGGAACUGCGCGCGCUCGCCGCCAGCUCCGACAGCGCGGCUGCCGUGGCCGGCGGCGCGGUCGGCGGCGCGGUCGGCUUCGGCUGGCCGUUGUGUGGUGAUGGCUCGCGCUAUGCCGUGGCGGGCCAGCUGGCGGGCGCCAGACUGGGGGCGCGCGGUGAGCUGGAGCUGCGCGCGGCGGGAGGCGGCGGUGAGCUACUGGCCGGUGGCACAUGGUGCGCGGAGGCCGUGCUCGGCGAGGCGGGCACGCGCGUGCUCGCCUGCGAGGCGGAGGCGCGGUCGCAGAGGCCGACGACACAGGCCACGCGACAUGCCCUAUACGGCGCAGGACUGGCGGUGGGAGCGGCCUUCCUGGCGGCCACACUGGCAGCCGGUUUCGCUCUGCCGGCGGCUCACCAUGCGCUGCACUGGCGCUGCCAGACGCACUAUGUGGCGGCGCUGAUGUUGGGGGACGUUCUGCUGGCCGCUACGCAGCUGGCAGGGGACCGCGUGCCGCCCGCGCUGUGUCGCGCGCUGGCGGUGUGCAUGCAUUUCUUGUUCCUGUCCGCAUUCUUUUGGCUCAAUACGAUGUGUUUCAACAUCUGGUGGACUUUCCGGGACUUCCGCCCGACGUCGCUGGAGCGCGGGCAGGAGGCGUGGCGGCUGCGGGUGUACAUGGUGUACGCGUGGGGCGGGCCGCUGUUGCUGGCGGGCGCGGCCGCGGCGCUGGACCAGCUGCCGCCCGCCGCCGCCGCGCCCUUCCUGCGCCCACGUUUUGCCGUGCAACGCUGCUGGUUCUACGGUGACAUGGAGAUUUUGGUCUAUUUCUUCGGGCCUGUGGGCGUCCUGCUACUCGUCAAUCUAGCGCUAUUCAUCUCGACCACUCGCCAGCUCACCUGCGGCCUCUGGCGGCGCGACGAAGUCAAGUCCACUUCUGAACGGGCGGCCCUGGGUCGCGUGUGCGCCAAGCUGGUGGUAGUGAUGGGCGUGACUUGGGGAGCAGACGUGGUGUCGUGGGCGGCAGGCGGGCCGGACUACGUGUGGUACGCCACGGACCUACUGAACGCGCUGCAGGGCGUGUUCAUCUUCCUGGUGGUGGGCUGCCAGCCCCACGCGUGGGCCGCCGUGAAGCGAGCGGCGGCAGCGUGCUGCGCGCGUGGACGGGACGGGGCGCAGGCGCGCGCCACGCACUCCUCCACGCACCUGCCGUCCUGCGGGGAGUCGCUGACGCACACCACGCCGGCGCCCGCCUCGGCCGCGCUCCCCGCGCUCCCCGCGCCCCCCACGCCCGCGGCUCCCGCCCCGCGGGUCCCCAUGGAGACAGUGUGCUGA